AUGAAGGUGAAAGUAGAAACCACCACCAUCCUCAAACCAACUUACGAACCCACAUCUCCUCCUCCUCCUCCAUCAACCCAUGUCCCUCUCACCGUCUUCGACAAGGCCACCUACGACACCCACGUCGCCGUCAUCUACGCCUACCGCCCACCAACUCCCCCCAACGCCACCAUCAAGCUCGGCCUCCAGAAAGCCCUAGCCGAGUACCGCGAGUUCGCAGGACGGCUAGGGCGCGACGAGAACAGAAACCCUAAGCUCAUCCUCCUCAACGACGACGGCGUCAAGCUCGUUGAAGCCAGCACGGAUGCCCGGCUGGACGAGGUCAUGAUGCCCUUGUUGACGCCGUCUCCGGCCACGUGGAGCCUCCACCCGGGGCUGAAGAACGUCGAGGAGCUGGUUCAGGUCCAGCUCACGAGGUUCGGAUGUGGGUCCCUCGUCGUAGGGUUCACAGCUCAUCAUUUGGUUGCUGAUGGUCGUUCCACCAGCGAGUUUCUCGUUGCGUGGGGUCGGGCUUCUCGCGGCCUCGACGUCGGUCGUUCGCCGUCUCUUGAUCGGACGAUCUUCGCGCCACGGAAGCCUCCCGUGGUAGAGUAUGAGCACAGAGGAGUCGAGUACAAAUCCAAGAUUCGAGCUAGUUCGAGUCAGACUCGUUCUGACGAGAAUUUGAAACCAGAUCCCAAACCCCUCGUCGUCUUCCACAAGCUUCAUUUCACACUCGAUUUCUUAUCCAAGUUGAAGUCAAGGUGUUCCGCCUCAUCAACCAAACCGUACACCACGUUCGUCUCCGUGGCGGCUCACCUCUGGCGAACCGUAACCAAGGCUCGUAACCUUGCUGGGUCCGAGUCGACCAGGUUCCGAAUCUCGGUCGACGGUCGGACCAGGAUGGUCAACGACCCUCAAAUUCCCGACGACUACUUGGGCAACUUGGUGCUAUGGGCGUUUCCAACCUCCCGAGUGGACGACCUCCUUACGCAACCGUUGCCCUACGCGGCGAAGCUGAUAAACGACGCCGUGGUGGGAGUCGACGACGGCUACUUCAAGUCGUUCGUUGACUUCGCCAGCCACGUGGACGUUGAGAAGGAAGGGCUGGUCCCCACGGCGGACGUGAGCAGAUCCGCGCUGUCCCCGGAUCUCGAGGUGCACAGCUGGCUGAGGUUCCCGUUUUACGACCUGGAUUUCGGCGGCGGGUGUCGUCCUUGCGUGUUCAUGCCGUCGUUUUUUCCGACGGAAGGGGUGGUGAUUCUGCUGCCGUCGUUCGCCGGCGACGGGAGCGUGGAUGCGUUCGUGCCGCUUUUCCGGGAGGAUUUGGACGCGUUUAUGGAAGUCUGCUACGUGCUGGAUUAAUUAAUACUAUAGAGACGUAUGUAUAUACACUUGCUUUGUAAUAUAUAUAUAUAUAUAUAUAUUAAUUCAGCAAGUUUUACACUCUUGUAUGUAAAUUUGGUUUUACAUAGCUAUAUUGGGAGAAAGACAAGUUGUUAAAUAAGCUUUAAAGAAGGUUUCUUUUCAAUUUGAUUGGAGAGAUGGUCAAUGUAGUGUAAUGAUGAGAGAAAAAUACACAAGGAAACUUGGCUUUCUG